UUGAUUGAAAUUAGUAUGAAUGAGAUCAUGAGGAGCGGAGGAGAGCUCCCAUUUCAUCCCAUUUCGGCGGAGGUGGUGUCCUUGCUGAGGCUGAGGCUGAGACAGUGCUCCAACCUCAAACACAUAGAGCAAGCUCAUGGAUUUAUGGUAGCCGGAGGCCUUCAUCAGGACAACCGAACACUUCCCCGACUCAUCCAGGCCUGCUCUUCUCUUGGCUUCUCAGAUUACGCCUAUUCCGUCUUCACCCGCACCCAUGGCCAGCCAAGCAUUUAUCUCUAUAACACCAUCAUCAAGGCCAAGGCUCUCUCUCCCUCUCCCUCCCACGCCAUCUCUCUUUACAACAGAAUCCAACUCGCCGCCUUGCGCCCUGACACCUACUCCUUCCCUUUUGUGCUCAAGGCCGUCGUUCGCUUGGCGCCACCUCAAGUUCAACGACUGGUGGGCGCACAGAUUCACUGUCAUAUCAUAGGAAUUGGCUUUGACAUGGAUGCAAGCGUCCUCACUGCCCUCAUUCAUAUGUAUUCCUCUUGUGGAUGUGUUUCCGACGCCCGCACACUGUUUGACGGAGCUGCUGCGUUUGCCUUUGCCUUUAGGGAUGUCGCCCUCUGGAACGCAAUGAUUGCAGGAUAUGCCAAGUCAGGUGAUGUCGACAAUGCCCGCCAUUUGUUCGAACUUAUGCCCCCUAGGAUUAGGAAUGUCAUUUCUUGGACUGCCCUGAUUGCCGGAUAUGCUCAGGUGAACCGCCCCCACGAGGCCAUCACAGUCUUCCGGAGAAUGCAGCUUGAGAAUGUUCAGCCUGAUGAGAUAUCCAUGUUAGCCGCACUCUCUGCUUGUGCCCAUUUGGGGGCUCUCCACUUGGGGGAGUGGAUCCAUAACUAUAUUGAGAAACAUGAAUUUCGUAAGCUGGUUUCUCUCAAUAACGCACUUAUCGACAUGUAUGCCAAGUCAGGCAACAUAACAAAAGCCCUUCAAGUUUUUGAAAAUACCAAAUGUAAAACUGUCGUAACUUGGACGACCAUGAUUGCUGGACUGGCUUUGCAUGGUCUCGGAAGAGAAGCCCUUGAAAUGUUUGCUCAAAUGGAAAUGGUUAAAAUCAAGCCUAAUGAUAUCACUUUCAUUGCCAUCCUUUCUGCUUGUAGCCAUGGUCGAUUGGUUGAAAUAGGCCAUUGGUAUUUUAGCAUCAUGGUUUCCAAGUAUAGGAUUAAACCCAAAAUUGUGCACUAUGGCUGCAUGAUAGAUCUACUCGCGCGUGCCGGUUAUCUUCAAGAGGCACACGAAUUGGUUAGACAGAUGCCAUUUGAAGCAAACGCAGCUAUAUGGGGUUCUCUUCUUGCCGCUUCUAAUAUUCAUGGGGAUGCGGAGCUUGGACAACAUGCUUUGCAACAUCUAAUAAUGCUAGAGCCCCAUAAUAGUGGAAAUUAUGCACUUUUGUCUAAUGUGUAUGGUUCUCUGGGUAGGUGGAAUGAAUCGGGCAUGCUAAGGAAAGUUAUGAGGGACACGGGUGUGAAGAAGACUCCAGGAAGGAGUUCCAUAGAAGUGAAUAACAGAGUUCAUGAAUUCAUUGCAGGAGACAAAUCCCACUUUGAAUGCACUAGGAUAUAUGAAGUCCUGUAUAAGAUUUUCAGGCACUUGAAGCUGGCUGGACAUCUGCAACAAGAUUUUGGGGAACUGCUUGAAUUUUCUGAAUAGCCAUUAGCCAGGAUUUGAUACUCCAAUUCUUCCAACGUCCAGUUUAACCAGAUCUGAAAUCUCCUUGGCAUCACUGUAUCUCUACCAGGGUUUCAUCAACAAGAAGGCCAUGUCUUAUUCCUUCUGCAGAGCUCUGAAAUAACGUGUCCAGAUCUUCCUUUUCACAUUCUUCCCCACGUAUUGUGGUAGGCACUUGUUGACAGCCCGAAUUUAGUUCUAUUCUUGAAAUUGAGAUUCCAGAAUCUUCUCUCGAGUCCAAAAUGCUAUAAGCUAAAUUAGAGGUAGAAAUUUGGCACCAAUUGCUAUUGUUUGACAAGAAACUGUCUGAGGAUUCUGUUUCACCAAAUGGUACCUGCAUUGGGGAUAAAGUGUUGACCCCAUUAUCAUCUUCAUUCGAAUGCAAACUGCUGUGCCAAAUAUCAGGGAAUUUCACUUUCUCUUCAAAAGUUAAGUGUUCGGGUCCAGAUUUUCUUCUACUGCAAAUAGUAGGUCUCAUAAACCUUGGUACCUGCGAAGAGGGAGCUGCUGCAAUAUUUCUAGUCUUGCUCCUUUUUGUUUCAAGAUUAGCUUGGGGCAAGUCGUUAAAUAAAUUGUCAGCAUCCAGUUUCUCACUGGAAGAUUGGGUUGUCCCUGUUAAUUUCUCCAAUUCCUCAUUUAACUUCUUGAUACUCAUUCUAACAUCCUGGCGCUCAACUUCAAUCAUUUUCAUCUUUUGUUGCAGCUUGAUCGUUGCAACUUCCUUCUGCCUUUCUUCCUGAUUUCAAUUUCUUCCAGUCAUUAUUAAGGCACCGGAGUUCACAAUUUAUAAUAGAAACAAAAUCAGCUUUUUGCAUAAGCUGAGGUUCCUAUAAGGCACUUGGAUUCAUGCAGCAAGCUAACCAGGCAACCACAAGACACCAAAAGCUUAAGCGCUUAAGGGAAUGGGCCAACAAUGUAUAUGUUAAGCUAGCUUCCUUCACAUGUAGGCUUGCAGAGGUAGAUAAAUGCAGAUAGAGAGAAGUGUAUAGGUGCAGCCCAAUCAUGUACCUUGCAAAUCAGCGGAGAAGUGGGGGAAUGGAGAUUGGAGGUUUCGAACUCAAGGCCUCCUACAACCAGAGCUAUGAUUUCUAUUAGACAACCACUGGUGGAAAGAAAGCCAAGGUUUUCUGGGAUGCAGUGUGUUAACCCUCUCUCUGCUAUUGGGUUACACGGAAUAACUUUGAAGGUUUUAGUGGACUAAACGGAGGAGGAGCCUAGGAAAAAGAUCAGAUUCUGGUCAUCUUAUGGACUUCUGUUUCUACGUAAUCUAAAGAGACUCAUCUCUCUGCUAUUCUUAUGGAUUGAAAGGCUGCAGGCCUUUAUAGCUAGGAGUGUAGGGGGUCCUGGGAUCCAAAUUGUUAUAUUUUCGGUUUGAUAGUCCUAUCUAUUCUCAUUUUUGUUUCGUGUACAUUUAAGUGGACUCCUUUUUGUUAGUAUUAAUCGAAUUUUGUAUUUUCUCAAUAAAACAGAAAUAUUAGACAACCACUGGGACCUCAAAAGGCUUAAGCUAUUCGGGACUGGGCCAAGAAUGUAUAUCAAGUUAAUAUCUGUUAUUGCUCAAA